AUGCCGAAACAGUGUACAUGCACGAACGGUGGACGAUGCCGAUUGGAUGGAAGCUGUGAAUGUUCGUCAGAUUUCGAAGGCGAAAACUGUGAGAAGUCGAAUACUGUCAGCAGAAAGUUGAUUGGAAGGAUUUCGGAGAAUCUAUUGCUGGCUCUGUUCCUUCUCCUGGCACUAAUCGCUUGUAUUGGUCUCGUCGGCUUUGUUGGUGUUAACUUGUACAGGAAGCGAACGCUUCUAUCGAAAAAGAACGAAGCAGCUGACAGCAGCGUAUCGUUCCAUGGAAAUGUUAUUUCCUUUAGUAAUCCUGCUUUGGAUAGCAAACAGGAUCCACAUCCCAUAGAGUACAGUAUGCAUCAAAUCACAACUUCUGAACCUGGUUCAACAACGUUCUCAAAUCCGGUGUACGAUCUGGAAACGGACAGCACUGAGAUGUCAAACCUAGAAAAUACACCAUCCACCUCACGAGCAGCGAGUUUCCGCUCACAAAAUCGAACCGGUGACGAUGUCAUAGCUACGGGAGCGGAACUCACAACAAAACCGGUGGUACCUCCUCGACCGACCAAAGUGGAGAAGGACAAAAAUAUUCUGCUCGAAAAUCCCGUUUUCGAAGCACAUCCAGAUGAAAUUUCGGACGUGUAA